AUGGUGUGCGACAAGUGCGAGAAGAAGCUGGGGAAGGUGGUGACCCCGGACCCGUGGAAGGCGGGGGCGCGGAACACGACGGAGGGAGGAGGCCGACGGGUGAACGAGAACAAGGCGCUCACGGCCAAGACGAACCGGUACAAUCCGUACACGGAGAGGUUCGACCAGUGCAGGAUAUGCAGGCAGAAGGUGCACCAGGCGGGGUCGCACUACUGCCAGGGGUGCGCGUAUAAGAAGGGGAUCUGUGCGAUGUGCGGGAAGAAGAUGCUCAGUACGAAGAAUUAUAAGCAGUCCUCGACGUGA